AUGGUGGCUUCUUGUCUUAUUUCAAAACAUCUCGACAGGGUCCACCCCCAAGCGAGCUCGAUUCGUGAUGAAGACUCGAUUUCAAACUUCCUUGCCGAUGAGGAUAUAAAUGAUUUGCAUGAUAUCUUCCCUCAAAUGCCAUCUCCUCCACGUGAAAUGCUCGAUAUUAUCAAGGACGAUCCCGGAUCAAUCUUCAAUUACGAUAGUGAGCUGUCAAUGUCUCUUCCAUCGCCAGUGAACGGCUAUUCAAAAAAUUAUAUGCCAAGAGUUGCCAGGGAAGGAUCCGAUUCUUCUUUCAUAUUGGGUGAUCGGAAAAAGCGUUUUUCCUCAGAUGUGAGUCUUCAUGGUCGUCAUCGAAGAUUAACUACGCGUGUUGAAGAGAUGUUGAGUGAGAAACGAGAGAAAGAUCAACGAAAGCGACCACAUCCACGAGACGAUGAACAUUUUUACAACGCU